AUGGACGCAUCAUCGUCUCUUGUUUGCGGUAUCAACGACCUUGGCAAGGACAUUAUUCAGGGAUAUAUAAAAACCGGAGCAGGUCCCCCAAACAACACUUCUACAAUGGCAUUCAAGGUUGUAGCUCUCUUGGCUUUCGUCGCCACCGCUAACGCCCAGCUGCUGAGGCCCGCCUACAGGCCUUACGCUGUGGCCAGGACCUACGCCGCCGCUCCAGCUGUAGCCUACCACGCUCCAGUCGCUGUUGCCGCCGCUCCAGCCGUCACCUACCACGCUCCAGUCGCCGCUGUUGCUGCCCGUGAAGAUGCUGAAUACGACCCCAACCCAACCUACGACUUCUCUUACUCCGUGAACGACCCAUUGACCGGAGACUCCAAGAGCCAGUCCGAAUCUAGGCAAGGAGAUGUCGUCCAAGGCAGCUACUCCCUCGCUGAAGCCGACGGUUCCGUCAGGACCGUUGACUACACCGCUGACCCAGUCAACGGAUUCAACGCCGCAGUCCACAAGGACGGUGGAGUCGUCGCUAAAGCCGCCGUCGUUGCUGCUCCAGCUAGGGCCGCCGUUGUCGCCCAUGCUCCAGUCGUUGCCGCUGCUCCAGUAGUCGCUGCUCGCGCUCUCCCACUCGCCGCUCGCCCAGUCCUCCGUGCCGCCGCCGCCCCAGCCUACAUCACCAGCUCCUUCUCCUCCCCCUACGCCACCUACGCUUACUAAUUUAUUUUAUGCAAAAUAUGACCUGAUAUUUAUAUUUUCAUAAAUAAAGGGUUGUAAAAAAAA